CCAGUAUAAAUAGAAACAUGCUCAGAGAAGGCACAGGAUGGAAAACUCAUGAUGAAUUGUUAGGGCAUGUUGCGUUGGUUCUGUCAAUGCCUGCAGUCAGAUGAUUUCACUGGCUGUACAGGAUGAAAUCUCAUAUUUCAAUGUAUAAGUAAAAGUGUCAAAGUUCAGCUGAAGCAGGGACGAUUACAGAGCAAAUUUUGUGUGUAUUUGUAGCCAGGGCACCAGAGCAAUAGAAGAAGCCAAAAUGAGCCGGAAAAACAAAAGGAGUUUAAAGGAGAAAUUUGCCUUGAAGAACAGCUUGGUUAAAGAAGCCCUUUCAGAAUUCCUGGGAACUUUUAUACUGAUACAGCGUGGUUACUGCCUGACAAACACUGCACAGUCUUGAAUGAAUUGCUCCUGUUUAUGGCACUUGGAUGUGGAUGUGUGGGGCAGGCUGUCCUCAGCCGAGGAGCCCAUGGUGGGACCAUGACAGUAUCAGUUGGAUUUGCAAUGGCAGUCACCAUCGCAGUGUAUGUGUCUGGUGGAGUUUCUGGUGGUCACAUAAACCCUGCUGUUUCAUUAGCCAUGUGUGUGGCUGGAAGAUUAAAAUGGACCAAAUUGCCAAUUUACAUAUUAGCACAACUCCUGGGAGCAUUUGUAGGAGCAGCGGCUGUCUUUGGGAUUUAUCACGAUGCCUUUAUGGAGUAUAGCAACGGAACACUUGAAGUCACAGGACCUUAUGCAACAGCACAUAUCUUUGCAACAUACCCAGCUCCAUAUCUAUCCCUCAUAAAUGGAUUUGCAGAUCAGGUGAUGUCAACAGCUGUUCUUCUUCUGGUUAUAUUUGCUAUUUUUGACACCAGAAAUACCGGAGUACCAAAGGGCCUGGAGCCAGUUGUAGUAGGACUGCUUGUAAUUGUUCUUACUUGCUCUUUGGGAAUGAACAGUGGCUGUGCCAUGAAUCCAGCCAGGGACCUCGGCCCCAGGCUCUUCACAGCUAUUGCAGGAUGGGGAAUGGAAGUAUUCACGGCUGGAAAUAAUUGGUGGUGGGUCCCUGUAGUUGCACCUAUGCUGGGAGGAGUACUUGGAGCUCUUACCUAUAUAGUUUUUAUUGAAAUUCAUCACUCAGAUAAUCAGCAAGGAGAAGAAAAGGACGUAUAUGAUAAAUACGAACUGACAAACAUGUAACGAGAAAUUAAGAAUUUUCUUUCUGUUUUUGUUGUAUAAUUUUUAAUGCAAAUGAUUCUUUGGACCAUUUUGUGAAACCCAUAUGUCUCCAUUAGAAAUCCACACUAAAAAGCAAAAAAAAAAAAAAAAAAACCAAAAAAAAUUAUAUAGAAAACAAGCUCAAAACUGAUCUCUGCCCUUGAAACAUAGGGCUGACCACAUUCAAAUUUGGGAAUGAAGUUACUGAAGCGAGACAUGAAAUGUUGUUCUUUUCGUACAGUAUUCAGAGCAAGUUAUCUCCUACCUGAAAUUGUAAGAUGAUACACUGCUCUGUUAAUUCAACACAGAUCUUAAUCAUGCUUCCUAAUUAACUGAAAAUAGAUGAGAUUGUUAUGAAACUGCUUGCAAAGGUAGUUAAUUGGAUCAGUGCUGAAUUAAUAUCUAAGAGCACAUCUCACUUCUUAUUGCUGUUACUUAAGAAUGGUUUGCUUGGAAAGAAAAAAGCAAGAUCUGAACUGCCUAAACAUCAAGUGAGUAGCUUUAAAUAACUUACUAAAUUUUUAUGCAGCCACUGGUUGGACAGUGAAGAAUCAGCUCAUCAGUGAAGCAGCUUAGUAAUUCAGAAUAUGAACACAAAAGCUGAAAAAUUGUUAUGGGAUCAACACCAAAUAGACAAAGCUGUACUUCUGCAUGGGUUUUUUGGGGAAAUAACAUCCAGUUAUUUUUACUGCUUACUUGACCUUUAUGUUACUCAGUAUUGAAAACUUAACCUAGAAUAUUAAUCUCAACCUGUCCUGCUAUGCUUUCUGGAUAAAUUUCACUCCUGUGGAGAUGGGCCAGCAGUAGAGAUUUAUACUUACACAGGGGUUAGCACGAGGCCUAUGUCUGUCUAAGCUUUCAGGAGGUCUGCUGCUGCUGAUCUACAUGGGAGGACUUCAUCUGCUUAGCAGGAGAAAUUUUUAUUUUGGUAGCAAUAAUCACAAUUAGAAACUGAUCUCUUACCUACUCCUGGAUCUGAAUUCCCCAUGGAAGGUCAGCUCAACAUCAGAAUUGUGAAGCACGGGUUCUGUCUGGCUAAACAGAAGUGGUUGGAUAUAUACUGCUUCCUAAAUACUUAGCUGCCUUAUGUCACGAUCAUGGCCAAGUUUAACCUUUGAAAAAUGAAGUUAUUUCUGCUUGAUCGUUGUGAAUUUAAUGUAUCCAAUACAUUCUAACUUCCUUUCUAAUCACAUGCGUACAUAUAUACAUGCACAAAGUUGGUGGUGGUCAUGAAUAGAUAGACAUCCACUAUGGUAAUGCUCCUGAACUAUGUUCAAGGCAAAGCUCCAGGGUACUGAUCAAUGCAUCCACUUUAGGGCUCUAUUCCCUUUGGAUUUCUGCAGGUCUGCUCCCUAGAAUUCCACUCUAUUUUCUCAUUUCAUUCCUGAAGAAAAGAACCUUUCAUAUGCUCAGUAACAGCCUGUGCACUUCAGUGUGAUAUCCACAGAGGUGAUUUGGAAAAAACACUGCGAUCAGAAUCAGCAUCAGAAUUUGGGCAGGCCAGGCCUGUGUCGCUGUAUGUCUUUCUGCUCUCCGGUAUGCCAUGCCAAAUUAAUUGCAGCACAGUUAUAGAAUUAGCAGCUCAAGCAAAGCUUUGCUUGCAAUAACUCUGAAGUCAUAUGAUGCUGUAUGCAUCAAAACAUUGAUGAUUAUUUGAAAAGCCACAAUAACAAAAGGGGAAGUUUCAGAGAGUCAAUCCUCUAUUUAUCUGAAACAAGGCAAAAUGCAGGAGAAUGAAGAGUACAAUGUGGAAAUUAUUCUUAACUGCAGAACUUACAUUGACAGCAUAGACAAGCAAGUUCAUCUGUCCUGUAUACACUGCACUACAUAAAG